CGGGAAAUUGUGCGUGUGUUUCGGGACUUCUUGGAGCUUGUUUCCCCGGUCUUACCUGUCCCAUCCUCCGGCCAGAAGCGACCCCAGUGUGAUCCAGAUCCAGCUGUGAGAUCAUUAUCAUCAGGAUGAAGAUGAGACUCGUCUUCCUCUUCCUGACGCUCGUCGUCCUCGUCGCUGCCCGACCCAAAGCAGGUCCGAAGCAGAAGUGUAAGUCCGGCCCGGUGGAUCUGGUGUUUCUGAUCGACAGCUCUCGCAGCGUCCGGCCUCACGAGUUCGAGACCAUGAGGAAGUUCAUGAUCGACAUCCUGAGCACGCUGGACAUCGGACUCAACGCCACCAGAGUGGGGGUGGUGCAGUACUCCAGCCAGGUCCGCACUGAGUUCUCCCUGAAGGCUCACGCUAAACUGGACAGGAUGGUGAAGGGCAUCAACGAGAUCAUCCCUCUGGCUCAGGGCACCAUGACCGGUCUCGCCAUCAAAUUCGUGAUGGACACAGCUUUCGUCGCGGAGGAGGGAGACAGGCCGAAGGUGCCCAACGUAGUGGUGAUCGUGACAGACGGUCGUCCUCAGGAUCGAGUGGCAGAAGUGGCGAUUGAGGCAAGAGAAAAAGGAAUCGAGAUCUUCGCUGUGGGCGUGGCCAGAGCAGAUAUGGCGUCCCUCAGGGCGAUGGCGUCCCCUCCAUUCGAGGACCACGUCUUCCUGGUCGAGUCUUUUGAUCUGAUCCAUCAGUUCGGACUGCAGUUCCAGGACAAACUCUGCGGAGUGGAUCUGUGUGUGGAGUCGAAGCACGGCUGUGAGCAGAUCUGUGAGAGUUCUCCAGGAUCUUUCCACUGCCUCUGUCUGCCCGGAUACUCUCUGAACGAGGACGGGAAGACAUGUGCAGCCAUUGACCUGUGUGCGGAGGGGAAACACGACUGUGAGCAGAUCUGCAACGCCUCUCCGGGCGCUUUCACCUGCGACUGCAACGCAGGAUACAAACUGAACGACGACAAGAAGUCCUGCUCAAUGAUCGACUUCUGUUCGUUUGGGAACCACAGUUGUGAUCAUGAGUGUGUGAGUGUGCUGAACGGCUAUCAUUGCCGCUGUCAGGAGGGUCAUCGACUGCUGGAGGACGGGAAGACCUGCCAGGCCAUUGACCUGUGUGCUGAGGGGAAACACGACUGUGAGCAGAUCUGCAUCAGCGCUCCGGGCGUCUUCACCUGCGACUGCAACACAGGAUACACACUCAAUGACGACAAGAAGGCCUGCACACCCAUUGACCUGUGUGCUGAGGGGAAACACGACUGUGAGCAGAUCUGCAUCAGCGCUCCGGGCGUCUUCACCUGCGACUGCAACACAGGAUACACACUCAAUGACGACAAGAAGGCCUGCACACCCAUUGACCUGUGUGCUGAGGGGAAACACGACUGUGAGCAGAUCUGCAUCAGCGCUCCGGGCGUCUUUACCUGCGACUGCAACAUAGGAUACACACUCAAUGACGACAAGAAGGCCUGCACACCCAUUGACCUGUGUGCUGAGGGGAAACACGACUGUGAGCAGAUCUGCAUCAGCGCUCCGGGCGUCUUCACCUGCGACUGCAACACAGGAUACACACUCAAUGAUGACAAGAAGGCCUGCACACCCAUUGACCUGUGUGCUGAGGGGAAACACGACUGUGAGCAGAUCUGCAUCAGCGCGCCCGGAGUCUUCAGCUGCGACUGCAACAAAGGGUUCAAACUCAACAAAGACAAGAAGACAUGCACAGACAUGGACAUGUGUAACACGGUGAAGCACGGCUGUGAGCAUCAGUGUGUGAACACGCCUGGAUCUUUUUACUGCAUCUGUCCUGAAGGCCAGCUGCUGCAGGAGGACGGGAAGAGCUGCGGCACCUGUAAGUCUGCGAACAUCGACCUGGUGCUUCUGAUCGACGGCUCUAAAAGUGUCCGGCCACAAAACUUCGAGCUGGUCAAAAAGUUUGUUAACCAGGUGGUGGACUCUCUGGACGUCUCGGCUCACGGCACCAGAGUGGGUUUCGUCCAGUACUCCAGUCGGGUCCGGACAGAGUUUCCUCUCAACAUGUACCACACCGCCGCCGAGAUCAAAGCCGCCGUCAUGAAGGUGGACUACAUGGAGAAAGGCACGAUGACAGGCCUCGCUCUGAAACACAUGUUAGAGAACAGUUUCUCUGAGUCUGAAGGAGCUCGUCCGUUAGACAGAAACAUCCCGAGGAUCGGACUCGUGUUCACGGACGGACGCUCGCAGGACGACAUCACUGAGUUCGCCAAGAAGGCCAAAGAAGCCGGUAUCACCAUGUACGCGGUGGGCGUUGGUAAAGCGGUGGAAGACGAGCUGCGUGAAAUCGCGUCUGAACCGACGGAGAAACAUUUCUACUACACGACCGAUUUCUCCGCCAUCAGCACCAUCGCAGAGAACCUCAAACUCAACAUCUGCCCAGCGGAGAGUCAGGGGGAGAUCGAGGUGAAGGACCCCUGUGCCUGUGAGAGUCUGGUGGAGUUCCAGCAGGCGACCAUGAGCAGCCUGGAGCAGCUCACUCAGAAACUGUCCGCCAUGACGUCCCGUCUGGAGCAGCUGGAGAACCAGCUCCUCUCCAAGAAGUGAUCUCAUCUUCAUCACCCAGAGAGAACAGGAGAAUAACAGUGUGAAGAGGAGGUAGAGGAGGAAGAGGAAGAGGAGGAAGAGGAGGAAGAGGAGGAGCUCUUUACAUCAAUGGACAAAACCAAAGGGCCUUUUCUGUCAAAGCCUCUGUAGCCUUCAGUGCUCUUCACGAGGAAGACGUCUGUCUGAAAGCUUGUGAUAUAGAAUCAUAUUUCUGGUAUGUAAAUGAACUCAUUUGUACGUGUUACGUCUUAAAAUACAACAACUCAUCCACUCUAAAGCUACACAAAACAGCUGUGAAACACAAGAGAUUACACUUCCAAGGAAUCCCGAGACAUCUGUUCAGCUGUGUGUGUGUUCCUACAUUUAGGAUGAUAAAGUUGUAUUAUUGUUCGAUUUCCAAGAAAAUGUUGAUUAAAAGUGAAGCCCUAUUGGCCUCUAACACACACACACACACACACACACACACACACACACACACACACACACACACACACACACACACACACGCACACGCACACGCACACACACACCAUUCAUCUGUUACUGUGUAUACUUGAUCUGUUUUGUACGCUUUGUUAAAUAUGUUGUAUUUAUAGCAGUUCUUCGACCACAGUAGGAUAGCAAAUUUAGGUAAAAAAAAUUGUUACCACUCCCAAUAUUUAAAUCGGCCACUUUUAUACAAAAUCAUGACUUGUUUUCCCAUAUAAACUCACUUUGAUCGCAGGUCUAAAGGGAAGAAAUUAGAAGUAUCACUAAAGCUGUUAACAUGUGAUGAAACAGAUAUAACAGAAAUCAGUGUUUACUCAAAAUAAAUACUGCUUUUAUUUUUGAAAAUCCACUUUUUUCUGCACUCUGCACUUUCUAGAUUUUGUCUUUGAGUGCCCUAAACAUAUCUGAGUAUUAUCCAUCAUUAAAAAAGUGGUUCUUGUACAUUUUUCUGUCUUAUCUUUGACCCUAAUGUUCAAUAUAUCUGUCUUUAUCUCACCAAGGGGCCUCACAGGGUACUGUCUGUAAAUGACUAACAUAUAAAUAAAUAAGAAAAGACCACCAUAAAUGUAUACCCCUUUAUAUUUGAAUGCUUGUAUGUUUUUGUAUAUUUUCUUAUAGCUUUACCAUUUUUGUAUUUUUCUGAUGAAUCUCUGUAUUACGGCACGGACGGCAAUAAAAGAGUGAACCGUU